AUGGGACGAUUUCUCGUCGUUUUCCUCCUCUACGCGACAGCGGUCAUGGCAAUUCCAAUAGACAAUGGAGUCGAGGGUGACCCGGAAAUCGAGUGCGGUCCCACUUCGGUGAUCAUCAAUUUCAACACGAGGAACAAAUUCGAAGGACAGGUCUAUGUGAAAGGACUCCACGACAAAGAUGAAUGCAAGAAUACAGAAGGUGGAAGACAGGUAGCCGGCAUCGAGCUCCCGUUCGAUACGUGCAACGUGGCCCGGACUCGAUCACUCAAUCCAAAGGGGAUUUUUGUGACAACAACCGUCGUCAUCUCUUUCCAUCCGCAAUUCAUCACAAAGGUGGAUCGUGCUUAUCGGAUUCAGUGCUUUUACAUGGAAGCCGACAAAACCGUUUCAACCCAAUUGGAGGUUUCCGAGAUGACAACGGCGCUGCAGACACAGGUCGUUCCGAUGCCCAUUUGCAAGUACGAGAUUCUGGAUGGAGGGCCGACGGGAGAACCAGUCCAGUUUGCCACGAUUGGGCAACAAGUCUACCACAAAUGGACGUGCGACUCGGAGACGACGGACACUUUUUGCGCGGUCGUUCACUCGUGUACAGUUGAUGAUGGGAAUGGGGACACUGUUCAGAUUCUUAACGAGGAGGGCUGUGCCUUGGAUAAAUUCCUGUUGAACAAUUUGGAGUAUCCGACCGAUUUGAUGGCCGGACAAGAGGCUCACGUUUACAAGUAUGCGGACAGGAGUCAGCUCUUCUAUCAGUGUCAGAUCUCGAUCACGAUCAAAGAGCCGAACUCGGAAUGCCCACGACCUCAAUGCCCCGAGCCGACCGGCUUCAACGCGAAGAAACAAACGCCGAUCACUCCAGCAACCAGUCGACCAGAGAAUCCCAUCUUCUUCAGAGUGCUCAAAAAACGUUCGGCUGAGUUCUACGAGAACACGAUGGAUGUGAGGGCCGAGUUGAACGCGAUUGAGCUCAUGUCGAAUGAGGAUUCAUCUCUUCCUGGUGGCCUCCGGAACUCAACUUCAACUCAAGAGGGACCCUAUUUGAAACGAUUGCCACAAGGCGUGUGCAUGUCUCCAAUCGCUUUCUCGCUUUUCCUCUCGCUUUCAGCGGCCGUCGUGGCAAUGACCUCGGCGAUCAUCGUGCUGUUAGUGAAACCGAUGAAGAGAAUU